AGGUUUAAAACUAACUGUAGCUCUUGUAAAUUUGACGUUGUCUUGUUACAUUUACUUUAAGGCGGGAUUUAAACUGACAUCAUCAGGAUGGGGGCGAAAAAAAACCGUUUGACAGCUCGUCAGGCAGCUAACCAGUCAGCCGACGGACAGCUUCCUGCAUAUAGUUUUGUUAUUUGGGUUGUGGGCCUGUUCUUGCCGUUCCGUCGAUUUAAAUCCCACCAUGACAUCCACAAUAGACGAAAGCAAUAAGGAAAAGAUGCGCUCUGUGUCGGUGGAUCUGAACCAUGAUGCCUCUCUUCUCAUUGACAUUCCUGAUGCACUCUGUGAACGGGAUAAAGUCAAGUUUACUGUCCAUACAAAGACCACACUUAGCUCUUUCCAGAAGCCAGAGUUCUCUGUUCCCAGGCAACAUGAAGACUUCAUCUGGCUACAUGACACUCUGGUUGAGACAGAGGACUACGCUGGCCUAAUAAUUCCACCUGCGCCCCCAAAGCCUGACUUUGAGAGCCCAAGAGAGAAGAUGCACAAACUGGGGGAAGGUGAAGCCACCAUGACCAAGGAGGAGUACAAUAAAAUGAAGCAGGAGCUGGAGGCUGAGUACCUGGCUGUGUUUAAGAAAACUGUCCAAGUGCAUGAAGUCUUCCUGCAGAGAUUGUCCUCUCACCCCAUUUUAAGCAAAGACAGAAACUUCCAGAUUUUCUUAGAGUAUGACCAGGAUCUCACUGUGAGAAGAAAGAAUGCCAAGGAAAUGUUUGGAGGAUUCUUUAAAAACAUGGUGAAGUCAGCAGAUGAGGUCCUUAUCUCAGGAAUAAAGGAAGUGGAUGAGUUUUUCGAGCAGGAGAAGACGUUUCUGCUUGACUACUACAGCAAGAUAAAGGAUUCCACUGCCAAAGCAGAGAAAAUGACCCGCGCGCACAAAAAUAUUGCGGAUGAUUACAUUCACAUCUCUGCCACUCUGAGCACUCUCUCUGCUGAGGAUACCACAGCAAAUAAAAAGCACCUGGAGAAGUUGUCAGACCUGUUUGAGAAGCUCAGAAAAGUGGAGGGACGAGUAGCAUCUGACCAGGAGCUGAAACUCACAGAGCUGCUAAGAUAUUACAUGAGAGACAUCCAGGCCGCCAAGGACCUUCUGUACAGGCGAGCCCGGGCGUUAGUCGACUACGAGAACUCUAACAAGGCCUUGGAUAAGGCUCGACUGAAGAGCAAGGACAUUGCCCAGGCAGAGGAGCACCAGCAGCAGUGCCUGCAGAAAUUUGACAAGCUCUCAGAGUCUGGAAAGAAAGAACUCACCAGUUUCAAGGGCAGGCGCGUUGUGGCCUUCAGGAAGAACCUCAUAGAGAUGGCUGAGCUGGAGAUAAAACAUGCCAAGAACAAUGUGACUCUAUUGCAGGGAUGCAUUGACCUGCUCAAGAGCAAUGGACAAGACUUCAAGUAUCCAUGUCCUGCCAUUACCAAGUGACCAGUCAUAGAAAAUGGAAGCCUGGCGUCCCCCGGGGCCUUGCAUGGACAUGAAUCCAAGCCCUAUCUCUGUUCCCACCCAUGGGUCUGAUGCCACUUUAACACCCUGCGCGAGGCCAAGUGUCUUGUAAGCAGAAUGUCUUCAUGUUUACAAAGUCCCUGUCCUCUGGUCCGUGGUCCAUCCUUUUCCAUUAUUUAUGGAAGCCUAACUUGAUAUGAACGCCUUCAGAGAACGAGGCUGCCAACAUUAAGGUCUUCCAUUCCUUCGCAGCACCAAUAGAGGAGAUUAUAUUUUGUCCUAAUUAACUUUCUUUUUUUUCUUUUGUUUUACAUUAUGCACAUAGUACACAUCUUGCCUUUUUUUCGAGCAUAUUUUUGCCUACAUAAAUUCUGACUCUGAGCUCCUCUCUCAUAUACACUUUAAAAUACUUUUUUUUAAGACUUAAAGCAUGUUUUCACAUAGCCAUAACCUAAGUUUUAUGAUUCUGUUGGGGCUUUCUUGUUUGGCAAUGGAACAGUUUUACAGAAGCAAAACUAGUGCCUGGAAAAAACAUCCACAUGAUCUGCAUUCCUGGGCUCUGACAUUAGUGUACAGCCAAACCAACACUAGUAGAAAAAAAAACCCAACUCAUGAGUGACUUAUAAGACAAGACAGAUCAUCUUGGAGUGUUUUAAAAUAGCUGCUCCUCACCUCAGGAAUGGACAGUUGGAUCAGUCUCCACAUUCUUGUUUGUAGGAAGUGGCCUCAAGAUCCCACGGUUAUCAAAGAUGCACAUUAGUUUUGCAAAUGUGGAUGAAUCAUAGAUGAUUAGUGAGGAGAAUAAGUCAACAGCUGGCUAUUUGAACAUCUAGCAGGCAAAACCAAUAUUGGUAACGACUCUGAGUCUCCAUUUUAGUUUCAUUUGCACAAGGCAUGUCCAACACCCCUGCACUACAUCUAUCAUGUCCUUAGCAGCUUCUUCACCCUAACUGCCUCUGCCUGUUCACUUUUCAGUGUGUAAUUAUUGUUUUUCUUUAUUUUGCUUUAGAUUCCCCUAUUGUUAUUGAUGCUGUCUCAUGUACCAGACCUGAUAUAUUUACCAGAUCCUCAAAACAUUUUGUUUAUUUAAAGGAAAUAUAAGAAAAGAUGCACUAAGAUGAUGAAAAUGACUUUACAAUCAUGACCCGGCUCAGCGGAGUGUUAAAAUACAUUAUAGUUUUAUAAGAAAUUGAAUGUAUUUCUAAUGGAUUCAGACAGGGGAAUUCCUUUACAUUAUGCUUUUCUUACAGAACAUUAGCAUUUUUAUAAAUUUGUAAUAAUGGCAUUGAAUAAAUCCUACUUUCCCAAGA